AUGGCAGACCAAAUAAAUGAACAGUCGGAUCAGCCUUCAUUAGAAGAACUUUUUAACAAAAGGUUUGACAGAUUAGAAAAGACAUUUACGUGUACAAUUGAAAGUUUGACGCAAGAAUUUCACAGGGCAGAAGAGAGAUUCCGAUUGGCAACUGAAGAACUACGCCUUGCUUUACAAAAAAUCGAAGACCUUGAGAAAAGAUUGACUGAAAAUAAAAAUGAAAUUACUCGAUUGUCGUCCUUAUUAGAUGACAGAAACAGUCAACUAAACGAGAGAGAUCGAGAGCUUGAAAGGAAAGAUACUGAGAUAAGGGAACUCGAAAGACAAUUAGAUCAACGUAGAAGAGAAAACGAACGAAUGCAGAGAGAAAAGGAAGCUCAGCAGAGAAAAUCUUCUGAACUUAAACGGGAGAACGAAAGAUUAGAGCGUGAGAAAAACGAAUUAAAGGCUGAAAUUGAGAAAAGUGGGGGAUAUACCAUGUUUUUACGACUAAAGUCCACGUUAACAGUUUUGUUUGGAUUAAAAUCAACUAGCCAUUUUUUUGACCAUUUAUCAAUAAGUUCAAGAUCACUAGUAAGGGAUUGUGUUACAUUUGUGGCUCCAUUGUCCACAAUGGCAUAUAAGGAAGUAUCAUCAGCAAAAACACCUUUCUAUGGGCUUGUCUUGACUAGGAAAGCUAAAGUGGUUCUUAAAAGUCUGAUGGAGACCAUUUUUUCUACCAUCAAAGAUGUUCUACAGAACCAAGCAGAACCUUAUCAUUUAGAGAUAGCAAUUCAGAUCCGAAAUAAUAAUAUCGACGAUAGGGACCAGUGUCUGUGUAAAACCUAUGAAUGGGAUGUUGGACUUGAUGGAUUGUGUCUUACGGUAAAGGAAACACCAGAAAAACCGGAAGUCUUAUCAGAUAAACCAAGAAAGGAACAGAUUCCAGUUAUCACAACAAGCCUUUCAGAGGAAGGAUCUUCUUUUACUUACCAUGAAGUAAAUGACGUAACAGUAAAUAAUUCUCGCACUGAAGAACAAUUUAAAAGCAUCCAGUCUACACUACUGGAACUUUGCAACGGAAUUAAGAAGAUUGAAGAAAGCAAAUCAUCAACGAAGGCAGAAAAAGACAGAAAAAGAUUGCCAUCUCCUAUUCGCAAAGUUGCCAACAAGUAUCAGCAUGCAUUUGCAUAUGCGUUUAUUCGUCAGUUUGGACGCCUCCUUCAGUUGGAUGAAAGACAUUUGGAUGAAGUGGAGCAAUAUUCGGGAUAUGGAACAAAAGAGGUCUUCUGGCAAAUUAUUAGAAUAUGGAUGGAGAACUCGGAGUCUCAACACAUGACUGUUUCAAAUCUAUUGACAGCUCUCUCCGAAUGUGGAGUAGAUCUUAAAGGUAAACAGAUGUCAAAAACUGACAGAACAAUUUUAAGAAGUAAGAUGGCGAUUUUAUUGGAGUCUGUCAAUCCUGUAGAGGCUCUUGUCCCAUAUCUCUGCUCACGUCAUCUACUUUGUGAGGUCACGAAGGCUUACGUCACUGCUCCCAAAACAUCAGAUUUGAAGAUCAACCGAUUAGUUGAUAUUCUAAUAACUAAAGAAAAUGGACUUACAGAUUUCUGUUCAGUUCUUCGUGAUGGUGGAUAUGACUACAUCGCUCAGGACAUCGAAGCGGAGAGAUCGGUGGCAAGUUUAGGAACUGCUUCCCGAUUGUCAUCUCUGUCGAGUUCAACGUCAAAUUCUUUUCCCUCUCUGCGAGAGUCCAUGUCUGACUCGAACCCUCACCUACGAAGAAUUGCUGAAGAUUAUAUACAGAAACACGGUAGUCUAUCGUCCGUAUUCCGUAAAGGUUCCGACACGUCUUUACAUACAACGGCAAAGGUAGCAGCGGUGUCUCCUAACAUCCAAAGAAAAUUGACACCACAAUCCAAUGACAUUACAAUCAAACCCGACUGUGUUCAAGAAAAAACACACGAGUUAGAUGAAGCAAUUGACAAUGAAACUAUUUCUCUUGUUUCAAAUGGAAAUAAGGAGAAAUGUUCAUGCAAUGUCAAGCCCAGCCAAAAUGCACAAUUAAAACAGAAAAAGAAAUGUUGUUGUGUUCUCAUGUGA